AUGCUAGUCCCCUGGGCCGUGGUCGUGGUGGCGGCCACGGCCGUGUCCGCCACGUCGACGCCUUGGUCAUCUCUACCGAUCGACUUGAAGGACAAGACCAGGACAAGGACCAGUCGAGAUGUGGACAGCAGCGCUCUUCCCGACGUUGAUGUCCUCGAUAACCUCUUCGCCGCGCUGAGCGACAUGCAAACCACCUACUUCCAGAACUGGAUAGGGACCUGGCCAGACGCGAUCGACUGGACUCGUGCGGUCAUGAGCACUCAUGUCUCUGCCGCGCUUCGGACAAUCUCGGACGAAUUCGAGCUCAGCCAACCCGGUGGAGGUGUCGUCGGGUAUGUCUUGGGGAAGGAAGAGGUCGUUGCGGGUUACUUUGCUGAUAUUAUCGGCUACUACUUUGCCGAAGACGCCUUUGCCCUCCGGAACCAGGCCUACGAUGACAUGCUUUGGGUCGUCCUCGGCUGGCUCGAGGCAAUCCAGUUUGUUGACGAGCACAACGACGUCUUUUCCAACUCGGCCUCAACGGCGGGGCUGCCCUCGAUGCUUGGGACUGACGCGUGGUACGGGAAUCGUUGGGUGCCUGCGUUUGCACACCGGGCCAGGAUCUUCUGGGAGUUGGCUUCUAAGGGAUGGGAUACCAAGCUCUGCGGCGGCGGCAUGGUUUGGAAUCCACGCCUGACCCCUUACAAAAACGCCGUCACCAAUGAGCUCUACAUCGCCGCCUCCAUCGGCAUGUACCUCUACUUCCCCGGCGACUCCAACACCUCGCCCUACGUCUCCAAUGCCGCAUCCGAGACGGCACCUUGCUCGCCUUCUCCUUCUCCGUCUCCUUCUCCUUCCGGUGAUUCCAAUUCUACCAAUAGCCAGGUAUGGCCCGCCCGCGACCCCCGCUUCAUCGUGGCUGCCCAGGAAGCCCACGACUGGCUCACCACCUCCAACAUGACCAACACCGCGGGGCUCUACGUUGACGGUUUCCACAUCUCCGGCUACACCUCCGGCGGGAACAACACGCGCUGCGACGAGCGCGACGAGAUGGUCUACACCUACAACCAAGGCGUGCUCCUCUCUGGUUUACUCGGCCUGUAUCAAGCCGCCCUGCGUGACGGCCGCAGUGGUGAAAACUACCUCCGCGAGGGCCACACCCUCAUCCAAAACGUCAUCCGCGCCACCGGAUUCGACCUCGAACACAACCGGCCCACCGACCCCAUCGUACCCAACCGCGUUCCGCCGUGGCGUGGCCUCGGCCGGGUGGGUGUGCUGGAAGAGGCAUGCGAUGCCACGGGGGAGUGUUCACAGGACGGACAGACAUUCAAGGGGGUCUGGAUGCAUCACUUUGGCACGUUUUGUUCGCUGCGGGCGUUGGGCUCUAGAUCUGGCUCUGGAUUUGGAUCCACGUCCGAGGCUGUCAGGGCGCAGCAUGAAGCGGAGUGUAGACGGUACAUACCCUGGCUACGACACAACGCGCGCGCUGCUCUCGGGACCAAAGACGACCGGGGCCUUUUCGGAAUGUGGUGGACCGCUGGUCUCCUGGGUCUUCGCAGCACUGAUUCCGUCGAGCAAGCGGCCGAUGCCGAACCCUUCCCUACGUCGGAUGAUGGCAACAUGGUGGAUUAUCGAAACCGUGGCGUGCCACACAACGAGAUCUGGAUGGGUAUUGUCGACGCUGUGUCUGAGAUUUUGCCCCGGGGACCUUCUGCUAAACACGGCCCGGCACGGCCGCAACAGAAACCGCUAAAAGGCGCUGGUGUCAACCCAGGUCCGGAUGGGAGCCCCAGCACCACGACCAGCACCAGGACGGAAAGCAGGAGUGAACCGUCGGGUAGUGGGAGUCAAACCCAGUCUAGUCCUUGGGACCCUAACCUUCGCGGGAGGGGAAGGACGGUGGAGACACAGGGCGGUGGGCUGGCUGUACUGAGGGCGUUGUUGGUUGUUUCUAGACUUGAGGUAUGA